GUUUUCGUGCCCAGAACGUCCUUGAUGUCUUCGUUGAAUCGCGUAGUAACGUAUUCUGUUCGCUCAUAUGUUUAUGCGAAUGUCAUUUAUCAGUAAUUUGGUGGCCUACUGUUUCCUGAUGAUGGGCCUAAAUUAUGCAUUUGGUCUUGAAUGUAAAUCACAAUCAAUGUACGAAAUCCGGAUUCUACACUGUGCAUGUGACGCUCCAAAUAUUUCCUGGACGUUCAACUCUUCUCAGAUUAUCAAGAAACCUGGGAAGUUUUUGCAUUCAAAAAAUGUCCUUCAAAUAUUUGACUUCAGGUUGGAAGACAGCGGCGUAUAUAAAUGCUUCGAUCCCAGUAAUGUGUCCAAAGAAUGUAGUUCAGUGUGUCUGAAAGCGGAUGAUCCUGAUUUUUAUUAUAAAGCAAUUCACGAAGAUUCUAUCCCUGAUGUGGAGGCUGAAGAGCGAGAAAGACCCUACUGGCACCAAAAAAUGAAGGCAAUUCCAGAGACUUAUGAAUUUAUUAUGAAGCCAUUAAAACUUGCUUGUUAUUUCUACGUAAGAAACAACUCUGUCAUUCCCCUGGUUCAGUGGGUCAUGCCAUCCGGCCAUGACGACUUGAUUGUAGUCCAUUCGAAGAAGCUUGUUGAGUUCAGUUGCAAUUCUAUCCCAGAAACUCAACGUAAUUUAAGUGGGAGCUGCUAUUCAACGGAAAUCACGAUUAUAUCAAUCAGUGGAAGUGAUUAUUUUGAUUGCGUUAUUCGGACAUCAAAUCACUCAGACAUCGCUAUUAUUAACUCAUUUGCAGUCCUUCGAAAAUUGACCGACAAACUUUUUCCUUAUUCAAGUGAUACAGAAUUUGAAGCACCAAAUUUUGAAUUAAUUGAUGAACUACGUCUACCAAAUGAAGUCGGUUCUGGUGAUGUUCAUUCCGAUUUGUUCAGUGUAACAAACAAAAAGAAUUCCUUAGAUUUAUCAACGCUUAUUUUAACAAAUUACUCUGAGUUUCGAUUCUACUUGUUAGAUAAUGUAACUUGUAUGUCCAAAGACGUAAUUCUGGUAUGUCAUGUUCCACGGACAAUAAGUCAACUUGAAGUAUGGUAUUUAGGCCAAUACGACAAACACCCUAGGCUUUUGAAAGACUCAAAAGUAUCCGACUCUUUCACAAACAAUGAGAAGCGCUAUGUGCUAUUUGACAAUAGCAUUACAUUAAAAUUAGAAAAUUUGUCCCAUAGAGAUAGUGGAUUGUAUAUAUGCAAAAAUGAUUUCUAUUAUAAAAAUGUAACAAUUGCAGUUAUGGAUUGUUCAAAAUCAACAGAUUUCAUCUCUAGGUUCCUCCCACCUAUUCUUAUUUGGAUAAUCAUAUUUAUAACAAUUUCAACUAUCCCUCUAUCAUUGAUAUAUUGUAUACAAAUUAGGCGUAAGUCAAUGCAAACUGUGCUCUCUAUACCUAUUGAUUUUUUGGAUAAGCAUGCAAAAUCAAAACGUAUUGAUGUUUUCCGUAAAAUGAAUUUGCUGUAUACAAAGCCAGAACAUAAAUUAUUGUUGCAUCACUCCGGCUCUUCUACAUCGUCGUCGCCACCAUCGUCAUCAUUAUCUUCCCCGUUAUCACCAUGUACAAUAUAUUCUCGAUCUGAUCCUUCUAAUAUCAGUAAUAUCGAUACAGAUACAAAACUUAAGAUUACAGAUGUACUUGCGUCAUUUUCGCAAAGAUUAUUAUGUCAACCAUCCAAAUAUUUUCCACAAAAACAUAACAUUCUUCAAUGUAACGUAAUGCUGUUACAAUGGCUAAAUCAGUAUUUGAAUUCUAGUUGUAAAACAUAUAUACCGAAAUCAUCUUUUACUAUAGAAAAUCUCCUUGGUGAAGGUAAUUAUGGAAUUGUUUAUAAAGGGAAAUUAUCCAUUAAUGCUGACGACGAAAGCGAUUCUAACGAUACUGAGAUUGCUAUCAAAACGUUGAAAGAUGGAUUUCGAAAUAGGCAAUUAAUUAAUUUAAUUCGAGAAGCGAAAGUUUUAAGUGAGCUAGAACCACAUCCACAUAUCAUUAAAUUUCAUGGACUAUGCAUAGAUAAUAAUCAUCCAUACAUUCUUCUCGAAUUAGCUAUUCAUGGUAAUUUACGAGAUUUUCUACGAAGUCGUCGACCACCUGGAUUCAAUUUUUGGGCAGAUGAACGAACAAUUAAUUCAUCAUAUGUAAUUUUAAAAAACUCAAAUGAUUUCAAAGAAAUUUUAUCCGAUAUUACAAUUAGACAACAAAGAGUAGAAUUAUUAAAAUUUGCAUUGGAUAUUGCCGAUGCUUUAUUGUAUUUUGAAACAUUAUCUUUGUUUCAUCGAGAUGUUGCGGCAAGAAAUGUUGUUCUUACAGAAGGAUUUGUUGCAAAAUUAUGCGAUUUCGGUUAUGCAUGUACCCGAGAGGAAUCAAAUAAUGGAUACAUGGAAAUGGAUAAAGUAAAUUUAUUGAUUAUUUAUUAAGAUCGUAUUGUUGUUUGUUUUCAAUGAUGUAUAGUUUUCUAGUACAUUAGUGUUAUAUGGAGUUAUAACUUGUAGUAUAAUGACACUAGAUACUCAAUUGUCUUUAAGUUCAUCCUUUUGUUUCAGCUUUAUUAAUCUUCGUACUGAAUAUAGAUCAUUUAUCUGCCUAAAGACUAUUUAAAGAAUAACCAUUACAUAAAAAAUAUUUUUCCUUAUGUCGUCACUCAUAUUCCUGAGUUUAAGAUUAAAUAUAGAAACAUCCAUAUUAGGUAUUCUUUACAUGUUCAUGAAACCUACUUGUGAAUAUUUUUGGAAUACAUUCCAAUAACUUAAACCAGUUCAACAGAUUUUAUGUAUCUUAAUGUGGUCGACUGUGAUUAACUUCAAAAGUGAUAUUGUUUUAUUGAACAGAAGAUGAACUGGUCAUACAUACUAAACUGCUUGAAUGGUGAUGAAUUCACUUGUCUAGGCUUGAUUUUAAUAUUGUAAUUAUCCAAAAAAUUUGUGUUAUUUUCAAAAAACCUAUUCUGGUAUACAUUUAUCAACUAUUUUUGAUAUUUCAAGAAGUUUAUAAACAUAAGAAAUAGUGAUUUGAUGUUACUAGGUUCAUACUUUUCUUUUGAUAAGAUUAGAUUGGUGAAUAAUUUUUAACAUGAGCACUCAACAAAGUGUGAUCAGAUAGUCUACCUACCAUGAUGAUGGUAGUUAUAAACAUAAAUAUCCAGCUUUUUUUAUUAUCUUAGUUUUUGGCGUAACUCAUCAACAGUAUCCACUUACAACUCUACAGGUGGUUAAAAUGAACAAUCUUCAGAUCUCGUGACAUAAUUACGCGAUUUUUUCGUAGCAUGAAAUCACAUUAGCCUCUUUCUUGUUUUUGAUUAUUAUGAAUCAUUUGAUAUGAUGAUUGUAACUCAAUAAGUCACUGGUUACAUUAUAAUAUAUAUAAUCUCCCGCCUUAUAUCUCUUUAGCUUGAAAUUUAUUUUUUCAGAAAGCCAGUUACUAUCUGUUUUAAUCAGAAAUCAAGACAAGGAAAUUUUUUCUGAUUUUUAUUACGUUAUCAUCUUUAUUAAAACUGACUAGUCCCAACUUUAUUUCUGACAUUUAUAGUUUACUGAUUGACUAAACUUAAUGUGCAAAAUUAGGUGUAUUUUAAGAUUUUUAAUGGAAAAGUCAGAAAAAUAACUAAUUAUGAUAACAAAAUCAUCAAAGUGGCAACAAUAUAUUUUAACGGGUACAUACCAUUUAUUUAAACCUUAUGGAACUGAUGUUUCUUGACUUUAUUGCUUAUCAAAAGUUCACAAACUAGAGAUAACAUUACGGCUGGUCUUGAAAACUCAUCGUAGCACCCAGCAGCAAAAUGUUUGGUAAAACUAUUAGAAUUAUCUUACCAAAACUGUUUAAUACAUUUUAAAGUAUGUAUUUAAGUUUGUAGACAUGAACAAAACAUGUGAACGUAACAAAUAAAACUGUUUUGUUUAGGUUCAGCAUCCUUAUUUAGGAAUAUCCUACAAAUAGAAACUGUCGAUUGUAUUUGAAAACAGUUAUUAGAAAGAAUGAUAAGUAUGCCAAAAUUCAAAUGCACGAUGAACACUAAUUUCGCAUCUAAUAAUGAAAUUUUUACACAAAUAUAUGUAGUCACAAUAGUUGUGCGACAAUAGUGUUAAUGUGUAAGAGCUGUCAAACUAUUUGAUUAACGUUCAUACUGUUCGUAAAUACAUAUAUAAAGUGUAACAUGAAAAUAGUAUAGCUUUUCUGGAUAUCCUACUUUUCAGAAGGGGAGAUGGGUUCAUAAAUAGGAAAAUAUUUAGGAAGAAUAUAUGAACUGGUCAAUAUAUCGAUUUCUAUAGUUUUACACAUCAUGGUUACAAAAUAAAUUUAAUUAAUUAUCUCAGCCAAUCAAACUAUUGUGUCCUGAGAAUAAUUGCAUGUUAUCUCAGCAACUAAGCCAGUACUUGCUUAACGAAUUAAAGAUAUGAUACCGACGAUAGGCUGUUCUCUGCGCAUAUACCACCAAUUUAACUGGGUCUGAGGAGCUAACUACAUUUCCCGAGCUCAGAAGGCUUCGGAAAAGGAGUUAUUAAAUCUAUUAAAAUCGUCAUCCUUUCUCACUUUGUAGAUAGUCAACCCUACACCAGAAUAAAUGAAGCUUUUUCUGUCUUAUAUCAUGUCCUGAUUAAUCUACCCAAAGAAACAAGAUUAUUUUUUCUCUGCAUAACUGAAGCUAUUAAGAACAACUCCUAAAACCUUAAUUUGUAUACUCAAAGAGGUAUAGUCAGUUUCUCUAUUUAAUAUGACCAACAACUGGAUCACUUUAUAUUAACUGACUAUAAACUCUUAGUAUCCGAUCCAUUAUUAUAAUACAUAAUAUAGUCUAAUUUACAUCACGAACUGAUUUUGGUUGGACAGCCAUUAAAAACCGGAAAAAAACUAACCAACUAUUAUCGUCCUACCUAACAGCUAUUCAUUAAGCUAUAAAAUUUGAUAAUCUCAUUUAUUUUUUUUUAAAUCUAUCUCAUUCACAAACGUCUAAUUUCAGCUAAUGUAAUAUAAUAAUCAUGAAUUUGUAACUAAAGUAGAACUAAAUAAUGAAGCCAUUUAAAAAACAAUACAAAAACAAAUUUAUUCGUUCAACUAUUUCCUAUUUCUAGUUUUAUUUUAAUUACAACAACUUUUUCUUGUUUUUUCAUCUCCUUUUCUUUGUACG